UUCCAUGGCUGCUUCAACAUUUUAAUUGUGUUGGUCAUAUGCUCCAGUUUGGAGAAACACAAAAUGUUCAGUUAUAUGAUUAUGAUGUCUAGGACGUCUUUGGCUUGCCAUGGAACAAGGAUUUUGAUGUUCAAGAAACGCCAAGAAAGCGGGUUGAAGAAGAUGCCAACCAUGAAAUGAUUCAAAGAUGGAAUGAGAAGUUCCACAAGAAACCAACUGUUCAGGCACCCACCUUGACGGAGUUGGAAUCUUUUUUGAAAACAGAUGAAUGUGGAGAUGAUUUUAAACGUGCCUUUGUGGUAUAUGUUUUAGGUGUAUUUUUGGCUCCUACGUCUAACCGGUUGUUAGACAUCAAGGUUUUGAAGGCUGUUGAGGAUGUUUCACAGAUUGUGAAACAAAAUUGGUGUAAAUACGUGUUAAACCAGCUUGGGUUUGCUGUCGAGAGGUGGAGAGCGAGUGUCAAAAAUGACAAGGUUGGUGGCUGUGUUCUAUUUUUGGAGAUAAUUUAUCUCCAAAGAUCUUAG